GCGCCGACCUUCGUUUUACAGUAGCCAGCGUGAGGAAGUGUCAGUCAUGGACAUGUUGCACUUUUACGAGUGGAUCGACAUCAAAAGUAUUCUGAUAUUUGUGUGUGUCUUUUUGUUACUAAGUGACUUUAUUAAAAAUAAAACGCCGAAAAACUUUCCUCCUGGACCCUGGUCUUUACCGAUUAUAGGAGAUAUUCAUCAUAUCGAUCCAAGCAAGCUUCAUCUUCAGUUAUCAGAGUUUGCAGAAAAAUAUGGCAAGAUUUUCAGCCUUAGACUUUUUGGACCAAGAAUUGUUGUGUUAAAUGGAUAUAACUUAGUGAAGGAAGUGUAUACUCAAGAGGGUGACAACCUCGCUGAUCGAGCCAUUUUACCCUUAUUUCACGACAUUAUUGGAGACAAAGGUUUAGUGGCUUCCAGUGGAUAUAAAUGGAAGCAGCAGAGGAGAUUUGCACUCUCGACUCUUCGAAACUUCGGAUUGGGAAAGAAAAACUUGGAGCCAUCCAUCAAUCUCGAAAGUGGCUUUCUGAAUGAGGCCAUUUCAAAUGAACAGGGUCAACCCUUUGACCCUCGCUUACUUCUGAACAACGCUGUAUCAAAUGUGAUCUGUGCACUUGUGUUUGGUAAUCGCUUUGACUACAGUGACCAUAAAUUUCAGACUCUGCUGAAGAACAUCAACGAGACUGUGCAUCUGGAAGGAGGCAUCUGCGCUCAACUUUAUAACAUGCUGCCAUGGCUCAUGAGAUUGCUGCCUGGACCACACAAAAGGAUUAUUGCUCUGUGGGGGAAGUUGAUUGAGUUUGUUGGAGAGAAGGUGAAUGAACACAAAGUGGAUCAUGAUCCACUGAAUCCUCGAGACUACAUUGACUGCUUUCUAGAUGAGAUGGAAAAGCAUAAAGACGACACAGCUGCAGGGUUUGAUGUGGAGAACUUGUGCAUCUGUACUCUGGAUCUGUUUGUAGCAGGAACUGAGACCACCUCCACCACUCUGUACUGGGGUCUUCUCUACAUGAUGAAGUAUCCUGAGAUACAAGCUAAAGUUCAGCAGGAGAUUGAUGUCAUUGUUGGAGGCUCAAGGCAGCCAUCUGUAUCAGACAGAGACAACAUGCCCUACACCAAUGCUGUCAUUCAUGAGAUACAGAGGAUGGGAAAUAUUAUCCCCAUAAAUCUGGCCAGGACUACUUCAGAAGAUACUCAGAUAGAAAAAUACUCUAUUCCAAAGGGCACAAUGGUGACCAGUAAUUUGACAUCAGUGCUGUUUGAUGAGUCUGAGUGGGAGACGCCUCACUCUUUUAACCCGGGUCACUUCCUGGAUGCUGAGGGCAAAUUCAGGAGGAGAGAUGCCUUUUUACCUUUUUCUCUAGGAAAGAGAGUGUGUCUUGGGGAGCAGUUGGCGAGGAUGGAGCUCUUCCUCUUCUUCUCCUCUCUGCUGCAGCGCUUCACUUUCUCUCCACCAGCGGGUGUGGAGCCCAGCUUGGAUUAUAAUCUUGGGGCCACUCACUGUCCCCAGCCAUACAAACUGUGUGCAGUACCACACUAAAACAAACUACAUGUAAAAAAGUGAUUUAGCCUACUUGAUAUAUAGUAUUUUUUAUAAUUUAUUAUAAUACAAUUGUGUGUGUGUGUGUGUGGGUGUGGGGGUGUGUGUGUGUGUGUGUGUGUGUGUGUGUGUGUGUGUGUGUGUGUGUGUGUGUGUGUGUGUGUGUGUGUGUGUGUGUGUAAAUUUACCAGACUAGUCCUGUCUAUUCUGUGAACUUCUCUGACAGAAUAAACAAAUGCCUUAAUUUCUGAAGCAUUUUGGCUGUAGCUUAGUUAUUAGAUUAGUAAUACAGUAAACACUUUAGACAGCUUUAAAACUUUAUUCAGAUCGUAGUUAAAUUCAAAUAUUUAUCUUGAUUAUAAUGAUCUUUUCAGUGGAGCGGUUUUGCUAAUGAAGUGUUUUGGAACAUCCUAAUUCGGAUCAUUGAGUUUUUAUCGCCAUCAACUGGUGACUUGCAUACAAUGCAAUCUGUACCAUUCGGAUCUCUAUUCUGAAUCAAUAGAUAACUGUAACUGUACUUUAGAUGGUAUGCAUUUUACAUAUGAAUAAACAAAAUUGAAAGUAACAAAGGAUGUAUUUGAUCUUAAAGUGUUAUAAUGUUAGGGGACAUUCUAUCAGAACUGUACAUUAUUUGCCCCUAAAAUGAAAACAUAAAUGCAGUGAAUAAAAAGUAUUUAUUCCCCAAAAUUUC